GUAAAGCGUUGUGUUUGGACGAUUUGGACUGGAGGAGGUCAUUAGAAAGUGAGGAGUAGCUAAAACCGGUCCGGUCCUCCAGGCAGAGCAACACUCCUCCAUCUGAUGUUGUUUAAGAUAAAUACAUUAUUCAACAGCUCUGUAUAGUGUUUCAAUCCCUGCGAAAUGCUUCGUCUGAUCUUGCGGCUCAGGCCGUCCUCCGGGCUCCGGUGUCCCCUUGCCCUCCCGGCCGGGCCUGCUGCGCUCAGCUCCCGCUCCGUGCCCGGGACCGGUGCUCUGAGGCGGCUGCAUUGCGGGUCCCGGACCGUGUGCUGGAGCUCCGGCCUCAGCAACAGGGCGGCUCUGCUGCGGUGUCCCGGGCUGAGCUGUCAGAGUGUGCGGUUCUACUGCCUGCCGCCGCACCAGAAGGUGGAGCUCCCUGCACUGUCCCCCACCAUGCAGACAGGAACCAUCGCUCGCUGGGAGAAGAAGGAAGGAGAAAAAAUUGGCGAGGGCGAACUCAUAGCUGAGGUGGAGACUGACAAGGCCACCGUAGGGUUUGAGAUGAUGGAGGAGUGCUACCUGGCAAAGAUCCUGGUGCCCGAAGGGACCAGAGAUGUCAACAUUGGAGCUGUAAUCUGCAUCACAGUCGACAGCCCUGAACUCGUCGCAGCUUUUAAGGAUGUUACCCUGGAGUCUCUUCAAGCAGCCGGAGCCAGCCCUUCACCGGUCGCCUCCUCCUCCUCCUCCUCCUGCUGCUCCUGCCGCCCCGGGCAGCUCCUACCCCACACACCUGAAGAUCACACUUCCUGCCCUCUCUCCCACCAUGACGGUGGGAACAGUGCAGCGCUGGGAGAAGAAAGUGGGAGAGAAGCUGAGUGAAGGAGAUCUGCUGGCUGAGAUCGAGACUGACAAGGCCACCAUCGGUAAAACCAAACUAUGUUGUUUUUAUUC